AUGGAGACCGAUAGUCCAUUGUCGGUGGCAUGGGUUCUCGUCAACUCAUUCCUUGUCAUCUCCAUGCAGCUGGGUUUCGCGAUGCUCGAGGUUGGGUCUGUGCGCGAAGUCCACCGCAUGACAGUGUUGGCAAAGAACAUACUCGACUCCUGCGUGUCCUGUUUGGCCUUCUCGACUUCCUGUGCGCUGCUCCAGCCAAGCAUCAUAUACCGCGACGGGUACGCCCAGCAACACCUCAUGGUUUUCCAGUGGGCGUUCUGCGCCACCUGCGUCACGAUCUGCUCCGGUGCCAUGGCCGAGCGGACGCACAUGCUGGCGUACUUAACGUUCACAGCAUUGAUGGGCGGCGUGGUAUAUCCGAUUCUUGCAGAGAGUGCUUGGGGAAAUGGGCUCUUCCGGGACCAGUUCCACGACAGAUUUCACGAGGGCUACUCGUACCACGACUUUGCUGGCAGCGGCGUGGUGCACCUGGUCGGGGGGACCGGCGCGCUGGUCGGGAACUUGAUACUCGGCCGGCGUAUCAUGCAGCCGGAGCAGGGGCACUUUGGCGCGUUCGGCUUCGAGCAGGGGCAGCACAACCUGGCCCUCGGCGACGCUUUCCGCAGCGGCGCCGCGGGCGCGCCCGGCGGGGACCAGAGCGGCGAGCAGGCCCUCGAGGAGAAGGACGAGAAUGACGUCCUGCUGAAGCAGGGCGGGGGGUGGCCCCGCCGCUUCGACAACCUCGACCGGGACCGCGUAGAAUUCAUGCCGCUGGGAUACCUGCAGGUGACCGGCAUGUUCACGCUGUGGGUCGGCUGGUACGGCUUCAACGCGGGCUCGACGCUCGCCAUGGACCCGUCCGCCGCGACCGCCGCUGGCGUUAUCGCCUGGAACACCACCAUGGCUGCUGCCAUGGGGGGAUUUGGCGCGUUCCUGAGCUGCUGCUUCUUCCGCGAGCGCCUGGACGUGGGCUUCAUCAGCAACGGCGUCCUCACGGGGCUCGUCUCCAUCACCGCCUCCUGCGACGUGGCCUCGACGGGUGACGCCGCGGUCCUCGGCCUGCUCAGUGGCCUCGUGGUCUACCCGCUGUCGAGCUACGGCCUCCAGGUGCUCCGCGUGGACGACCCCGUGGACGCGGUGCCGGUGCACCUGUUCGGCGGCCUGCUCGGCGUGUUCGCGGUGGGCCUCUGUCAGCCGGACUGCGUGGCGCUGGAGAGCCUCGGGGGCGGCCAGGCCGAGCAGCAGCGCUUCUGCCUCGAGGAGCACGACGUGAGGAGACAGAUGCUGGCGCAGGUGUGGGGAUCCCUGUUGGAGCUGUCCUUCGCAGCGGGCUGCGCCCUCGUGGUGUGGGGCUUCCUCGCCGUCUCCGAGUGCGCGCGAGCCCUCGAGGGCGACCUGCUCGAGAGGGCCUGCGAGCUCCUGCGCGCUCCCGCGGGCGUGGCGCCCCCGCCGCAGGGCGCCGCGCCGGAGGCCGGCCAGGCGGAGUCGGCCGCGAUGGCCCUGCGCGCCAUCGCGAAGGAGUCUCCGCUCGCCCGCGCGGUGCUGCGGAGCCACGGCCUCACCAGCAGGGGCUUCGCGGAGGGCUCGCCCGCCGACGCCGGGCGCCUGCGCCAGGACCUGCAGCAGGCCCGCCGCGAGAGGGCGGAGACCGCGCUGGAGGCGGGCUGCGUCUGCGGCGCCCUGGCCCAGAUGGUGCACCGCUGCUGGCCGCUCCGCGAGCUGGCGCUGCUGCGGCUGCGCAUCUCCCCGGGGAACGAGCUCUCUGGCCUGGGCGCAGCCGCCACCGACAGGUCCCAGAUGGUGCACUCCGCGCGCAGGAUGGUGCUGCAGCUGGUUCGGGCCGAGGCGACCCCGCACCCCUGCCCUGCGCCGAUCACCGCCGGUUCUGCCGCCGCCCGGCAGCGCACGGGGCCUGCGGCCGGCAUCCCCGUGCACGGUGCCUUCCGUGGUCUGCUGAGCCGCGAGUCCGAGCGCGUCAGGCUCGCCGCCACCUACGGCCUCGUGGCGCCGCUGCUGCACCCGCCGCGCGGCGCCUGCGCCGGCGCGGCCCCGGCCGCCGCCGCGGCACCGCGCCUGCUCGCCGCGGCACGCCCGCGGCUCCCACGCGGGCGGGCGGAGGACACCCCGCCGGCCAGAGGCGCGCCGCGCGGCCCCGGCGGCGGCAGGGGCGCCACCGCGGCCUGGCCGCGGCAGCCUCCGCGGCGGCCAGUGGAGCCCGCGCAGGGCGCGCGUCGGAGUGCCGCGGCGCUGGCGGCCAGCACCGCCGCGGCGGGUUGGCCGCGGGCGCCCGCGCCGCCCGCGCUCUCGGGGCCUGGCGAGUGCCGGCUGUUCGCGCCUGCGGCCGCAAAGGAGCGCGCCAGGGACCCCCGGUUCGCCACGGCCAAGGCAGUCGAGUUCGAGAUGUGGCUGGAAGGCGGGUACCUCCAUGUCCUCGCCGCCUCGCUGCCCUUCGCGCAGGCACUGCCCGUGCACGCCUCCGACCUCCGCGGUCCGGAGCUGCCGUCUCUGCUGCGGGCGUGGCAGGAGGCUCGCGCCGAGCGCUGGGCCGCCUUCGAGCGCUACAUGCUCGACGCAGUGCUGGCGCCUGGUGUCCUGGGCUUGGCGGCCAGCGUGCUGGGCCUGCCCCAGAAUGUGGUCCGCCUCGACGCCAGGGGCAACGAGCUAGACCGCGCGUGGCACGUGGGGCGAAGCGGCGAGCGCUGGAGAUUCGAGUUCGCCCACUGCUGA